UUCCUCACUAGUAACUUUCCUUUUCUUCUCUCCUUGUAGUAAGCAGAGAUGGGUUCUUUUGUAGCCCAGAAGCCUCAUCUGGUAUGCAUCCCAUACCCAGCCCAAGGCCACAUCACCCCCAUGCUACAACUAGCCAAACUCCUCCAUUUUAGAGGCUUUUACAUCACCUUUGUCAACACCGAGUUCAACCAGCAACGCCUGGUGAGAUCUUGCGGCCCGGACUCCAUCAAGGGCUUGGAUGACUUCAGAUUCGAGACCAUACCCGAUGGCCUACCCACGCUCGAUCAGGAUCGCACACAAGACAUCCCAGCCCUAUGCGAUUCCAUUAGGAGGACUUGCCACUCUCCAUUCCUUGAUCUCUUGAAGAAGAUCAACACCACGCCGAACAUGCCUCCGGUCACCUGCAUCAUAUCCGAUGGUGUCAUGAGCUUUACUGUUCAGGCAGCUGAAGAGCUGGGCAUCCCGGAGUAUGUUUUCUUUACACCGAGCGCGUGCGGUGUGAUGUGUUACCUUCAUUACACAGAGCUCAUUGAAAGAGGCUUUAUACCAUUGAAAGAUGAGAGUUGCUUAACUAAUGGAUAUCUCGACACUCGCAUCGAUUUUAUUCCAGGGAUGAAAGACGUUAGACUAAGGGACUUGCCGAGUUUCAUUAAAACGACGAAUCGUGAUGAUAUCAUGCUAAAUUACGACUUAGAAAAUGGGAAGAAUGCAUUCAAGACUAAGGGCGUGAUCAUCAACACGUUUGAGGAUUUGGAACGCGGUGUUCUUGAUGGAAUCCGAUCCAAGUUCGGGCUUCAGCUCUUUACUAUAGGUCCUUUGAUGCUACUUAGUCACCAGAUAUCAGAAAGUCCAUCCAAAUCGAUCGGAUCGAAUUUGUGGAAACUGGAUACUAGUUGUCUAGAGUGGCUAGACACGAAGGAUCCCAAAUCGGUCAUUUAUGUGAAUUUCGGGAGCAUCACGGUCAUGACGGCCCACCAAAUGAGGGAGUUCGCUUGGGGGCUUGCGAAUAGCAAGCAUCCCUUCUUGUGGAUAAUUCGGCCAGAUCUUGUGUCCGGUGAAUCAGCGGUUUUGACAGAGGAGUUCAUUGAGGAGACGAAAGGGAGGAGCCUGCUUGCGGGAUGGUGUUCACAAGAGCAAGUUCUUGCGCAUCCUUCAGUUGGAGGGUUCCUAACUCAUUGCGGGUGGAAUUCAACGGUCGAGAGCAUAAGUAGUGGGUUGGCCAUGAUAUGCUGGCCGUUCUUUGCCGAGCAACAGACGAAUUGUUGGUUCGCCUGCAAUGAGUGGGCGGUCGGAAUGGAGAUCGACAACAACGUGAAAAGAGAUGAAGUGGAAGCGCUGGUUAGGGAAUUGAUGGAGGGAGAGAAAGGGAAGGAGAUGAAGAAAAAGGCCUUGGCUUGGAAAGAGAGUGCUGAGAAGGCUUCAAAACCAGGUGGGUCUUCGUAUGAGAAUUUGGACAAAUUGGUCAGUGAAAUUCUUCUUUAUAAUUGAUUAUGACUGUCGAUCAUGGACCGCAACAGCGUGAUUUAUUCUGCAUCGUUGAAAUAUGCCUGGGACUUGCGAG